CGUUGCUGAUACCGUUUCAACCACCUAGUGUGCUGGCCACACAUAUAGAUCCUCUUACUUAUACCCCUCCGGUCUUCGCUAUUAUUUUCUUGCCUUAUAACACCCUUUGUGGAAACCCUUAUACGCACGCAACUAUUCACCAGCGCGUCCGGUUACACGGUCAUUUUCAACAGCAUCAUGUCCUCGGCAAUGAUAUCGCAGACGCUGCAAGGCGCAGUACUCAGUAUAACAUCGAAUAUCCUUGCGCAAGCAAUAUCAUCAUAUCAAGACAGCACGCCCUUCUCCCUCAACUUAACACCAGUCCUCAAAUUCGCCUUCUUCAGCAUCCUCAGCAACCCGCCUAACAUCGUCUGGCAAAACUACCUUGAAGACCUCUUCCCCACAAGCAUACCCUUGGCUCUCCCGCCAGUGUCUUCCUCUGAGAAACACGCCCCCAAACCCACCGUCCCCUCCAAAACGAGAACGAGCAAGACGAACAUCUUCAUAAAAUUCCUACUCGACCAGACUUUUGGUGCUGUUGUUAAUACGGUCAUGUUGUUGGCCUACAUGGGUUACUUGAAUGCGUCGACAUCACCGGAUGUAUGGGGACAUGUUGCGAAAGAGUGCAGGGAUAAGACGUGGCCGAUGAUGAAGGAUGGAUACAAGUUCUGGCCCCUGGUUAGUCUGAUAAGUUUUUCAUGGGUGCCGGUUGAUAAGAGGGUUGUUUUUGGAUGUGCAGUAGGAGUCAUCUGGGGAAUCUAUCUGAGUUUGAUGGUUGGUGCUUGACCGUAUCGAGAAGAUCUACAGAUGAAGUCGAAAGUUAGGCAGAGCGAAGACAGCAGGCACAGCUCAUGCGGGCCCAUAGAGCGUUGAGAUAGCCAUGAAACCACAUUCCCCUGAUCAUGUCUGCUCGCUUCUAAAACCUCACACUACGUUAUUUCACCUUGCGCGCACGUCACGAGAACUAGUCUCAAGCCACAUGACGUAUAAACUGCAAAUACUUCAACGUAACGGCAAGAUAUGUUCAAC